GGCUUCAAGUCAGAGAGGGAAUUGGCUUCGGGGUUUUAAAGGAAAAAUAGGAAAGUAUGCUCAAGGGUCCAGCCGAUACCCACUCUUUGCUCCAAAAGUAGCUGACGAUGGUAGCUCAAUCAAAAAAGACCAUCUCAUUAUUUUGACAUCUAGCAUCUCAGCAAUUGCUCAGAUGAUGCAACCCACCAUUUCAGCAAUUUACGUUGGGUUCUUCUUCAUGAGAAAGGCAGUGAUGUGAUGCUCAUCACAGACACCAGCAAACGCUGGUUUGUUCUUGACCACUUCAAGUCGUCGAUAUCCAUGGCUCUUGUGAAAGCAGCUGAUCCACAGACCUCCUCUUCUAAUGCUUCUCGAUAUUGUCGUUAUCACGUGUUCCUGAGUUUCAGAGGCCCAGACACUCGCAAGACGUUCACUGACCACCUCUACACGGCCCUUGUGAACGAAGGAUUUCGCACUUUCCGAGACGACGAUGAAGUCGAGAGAGGAGAAGGUAUCAAGCCCGAACUGCAGAAAGCAAUCAAACACUCACGAACUUCUGUCAUUGUGUUCUCGAAAGACUACGCGUCGUCCCGAUGGUGCCUUGACGAGUUGGUGAUGAUCCUUGAACGCAAGAGGAGGACCUCAGAUGACCAUGUCGUUUUGCCUGUCUUCUACGAUGUGGAUCCAUCCCAUGUGAGGAAGCAGACAGGAAGUCUUGCAAAGGCAUUUGCUAGACACCAAAAAACUCAACAGCUGCAGAAGGUGAAGGCAUGGAGGGAGGCACUUGCAGAGGUUGCAGAUCUGGCAGGGAUGGUCUUCUUUUAA